AAGGCUGACUGCCUAUUCAAACUCUCUUUAGUGAAGUCAGCCAAAAGUGAGCCUGGCCUCUGUACAUGGUCUACACGUUACCACAGCAACCCUUGUCACCAGGAAGUCCUCUACUAGUGGAGAGAGAAAGAGAGAGAGAGAGCAUGUGUGUGUCAGUAUGUGAGACAGACUUAACAGAGGUUAAGUAGACAGCAAAAGCAAGUGUGUGAGAGAGAAAGAGAACGUGAGGAAGAGAGAAUUACAAAAGGAAACUAGCAGGUCGGACUUGAAGGGCUAUUUUCUACAAAGCAGAACAACCGGUGGUUUGGGAAUUGUUUGUGUCGUCCUGAGAAAUCAGUGCAUGGCAGUCCUGUCACAUACAGUACUUUGACAACCACGCAACCCGGCAGUCAAUCUGAAAUCUGAGAGAUUACUGACUAGGACCCCUGCAGAUGACAUGCAGUCUCAGAAAAGAGUGGAGGUGUAUGACCAUCUGAAUGGCUCACGGAUCAUUUUCUCAGAUGAGGGUCUUCCCAGCAGUGGAGCGAACCAGCACUUCAUGACUCCAGAUAUGACACAGGAAGUAGUAGUGAUCUCUCCUGGUCUUCCUACACCUCCCUUAAGUCCAUUCCACAAGAGUUCAACUCAUGCAUCUUCACAACACAAGGUUGCUGAGGUCAAUGGAGGUGGAUUCCCAACACACAGUUUUGGAUCUUACUAUGGUCCUACACAGGCAAACGAUGAAUUAUCUAAUGGUGGAAUGAAAAGCGGAUGCUCUGCCACGUUGCCUCGGACUUUUGCCCCACGAGAGGAGCGACUGAUAAAGUUUUCUGGAAUCGGUCCUGUAGAUGAAACAGGCAUGCCAAUCGCAUCUCGAUCUAGCGUAAACAAGCCCAAGGACUGGUAUAGGAGCAUGUUCAGACAAAUCCACAAGAAACCAGAGGAGGCUGAGCUUGACUGGAGAGAACGGAGGUUGUCAUCUUCUCCUUCUCCAGACUCUGCCCAGCAGGACGGGCAUUCAAACCCCUUUACGCUUACCCAGCACGGAGCCCUUCCAGACUGGGCUGAUCUGGGCGACAUAGGGAAGAACCCAGAGCCGAAGAGCAUUUUUGACUUUGAGCCUGGAAAAGGAGCAGCAGUGGAGGAUUGUACUCAGUCUCUGAGGCCUGAGUCACACUCAUCUUUAAAUAACACAUCAGUGAAACAGUCCCCCUCUAUAGAGGCGACAUUGGUGUCGGAGCUGAGUCGUUUUGAGGCGGAGUUGGACUCAGACAUUCGUGGUCUGGAGAGGAAACUGUCACAGAAGCAGCAGCAGCGAGGCAGGGGUGAGGGAAAUAGACCCAACACAACAGGCUCAAGGAAACAAGAGAAUAGACAGGAGAACAGCUCUCCCAUAACUCCCUGCUCAGCUGUAAAGCAGGGCACAACAGCGAGCUUCACACAUGUUGAUGACCGCGUAACCUCUAUGUUGGAGACUAUGGAUUUCCCUCCAAAGAAAGAAGAGAAGAAGAUGAAGGCAGCACGAGCCAAAUUUAAUUUUCAAGCACAAUCCUCAAAGGAGCUGACCAUACAGAAAGGUGAUGUAGUGUACAUUCACCGACAAGUGGACACCAACUGGUAUGAAGGAGAGCAUCACGGGAGAGUGGGAAUCUUUCCCACCAGCUAUGUGGAGAUUAUUCCUCCAACGGAGAAGCCCACUCCAAUAAAGUCGCCCACCAUCCAGGUGUUGGAGUACGGAGAGGCAGUAGCCCUCUUUAACUUUAAUGCUGACCUGCCUGUGGAACUGUCCUUUAGAAAGGGUGAGGUGAUCUCUAUAACCCGGCGUGUUGACGAUCACUGGCUGGAGGGUCGUAUCGCGGGCACCACACGCAGUGGAAUCUUCCCGAUAAAUUACGUCCAGGUCAACAAAAUGCCUCGCACUAAAACUAGUGAUGAGCUUCCCUCCUCGCUCCUCUCCCCCACUGCUACCUCAGAGCCCCUCAGCCCUGGCAGGCCCCUGCACUCCCCCCCUUUACUCUCCUCACGCUCCCCUGAACUGCAGUUUUCACCUCACAAACACUCCUCCAGCCAAUCACGCUCCCCUCUGUCACCUGCACAGCCCACCAUCCCCAAACAGCCACCCAACCACUUCUUUUACUCGCCUGGCCCCACUUCAUCCACCCCACACACAAGCAACUGGAGUGGAUUACUGCAGCCUCACAUCCCACUGGCUACGGACACCAGAUCACCUGUGUCACCAUCCAAUCAUGUGCUGACAUCUCCCCAGGGCCCGGGACUGCCAGUGAACACCAACGUUGACCCUCAGUACAUCACACAGGUUGGGACCAAAACACCAUCUCCACAGCUGAAUGCACAGGUUAAGAUUUCUUCCGCGUCAAGAUCUCCUGUGAACAUUGGUUCUACUGUCAUUUCACGACAACAGUAUAAAGCGGUUUACAACUAUAAACCCCAGAAUCGAGACGAGCUGGAGUUGAAAGAGGGCGACAUUGUUCAGGUCAUGGAGAAGUGUGAUGAUGGCUGGUUUGUAGGUAUGUCUGAACGGACUCAAGCUUUCGGAACAUUCCCUGGCAACUAUGUGGCACCAGUUUAACAACUUCCACAAAUUCUUCCAAUCACAUUUUUGUCCUUGGCAAGCACUGCACACACACACACACACACAUAUCUCUCUCUCUCUAUAUAUAUAUAUAUAUAAACAAUAUGAAUUUCUUUCAUAUCCUCCACUUCUUAUCCACCAAGUUAUGCAUGUGCACUCCUCACCUUGUUGCUAUGGCACCCAUGUUACCAUAGUAAAGAAGCCUCUAGCAGACUUAAAGAUAUUGGACACAGAAGGGUUUGUCACAGUAUGUCCACACUGCAUGGUGCCUUGAAGAUUCUUUGAUUUUUAUAUGAAAAGCACCAGAGACUGGAUGUUGGACUGUUGAAUAACCACAUAUUCUUCUGAAGGACACAGCUGACAGCUGAAAUGUCUUUUCUGAUUGAAAAAUCUUUGUAAAAUUUACCUCUAUUUUGGUUUCAGAUCUGUAACAGCAUUGUCCAUGAACACUACAAAUCCUGAGGAUACACAGCUAAUAUCUGGAUAUAAACAUGGUCAAAACCAUUCAUUUUUAUGAUCACAAUUGUCAUUUACUUUAAGCUAGCUUAGUUGACCGCCACCUCAUAUUAAAGAAACAACUGCUAUCAUUAUCAAGUGUGCAAGCGCUUAAUGCAACUGUUGUCAAGUGUUUUAUCUGACCAUAUAUUGUUCACAGUUAUUGUGUUACAAGCUCAGCAUGCAACAUGUUUUGUAAGGUUUUGGACAGAAAGAGUGUUGAGGGUAAGUCAGCUGCAGCGAUUUUAAAUUGGGUUUGAAAUCUUGGGCUGGGUUCCAACCAAACUUGAUAUAACCAGGUCUUGGACUCAAAAAAAUUAAAUCAAUGCUUUAUUUCAUUGGCUGUAAGAAUAAGAUCAUAUUAACACAUGAAUUGCACACUGAAUUUGUUAAUCAGCUAAAUUAACUAAUGCAUCAAACUAUUUAUGUCAAUCGUCUGCCCUAGCAAGUGAUUCUACAAGUAAAAGAAAGCAUCUUCAUAACCUGUUUCUGAACAUGAAGUCAUCUUUAUCACAUCAGAGGCAGUUUGCAUAGGAAUCUGAGGAUUUUUCUUUGUGGGUUUAAGUUAGUCAUAAAAGUUGUUGUUGAAGGUGCCAUACUGUAUUCAUUGUAUUCAUCUGAAUCCCAUUAUCAGCUUACUUUGACUUCUGUCUAACUUCCUGGCAACUGAAAUAGCUGUUAUUUUGUACAGAUUAUUGAACUGUCAUUGAAAGGUAUCGAAUCAUGGAGAAAGAAAAAAAAGAUAAUAUAUUUUUAUUGAUGACACAAUGUAUUGCAGUAUGUAAGGUACUCACAGAUUUUUAUAAUGAUCAAAUAAAUGGUGAAAUAAAAAUCUGUUGCUUGUUA